CUUCGUUGUGUUGCACACGACUGGCUGCUGUGGUUAUUGUGGGGUUUUUUUGUUUUUGGUUCUUCAUUUUGUGAGUUAUAAAGUGUCAGAAGUCAAAUGCUUUUGGGUUGGGCUGAACCACAGGAGGUGAAGCAUUGACUCGUUCUUUGGCGAUGGAGACAACAAAAUCUUAAGGGUGUGUGUAGUCAGAGGGUCAGACUUUUUCCGCGAUGCUCUGUCCAGAUGCUCCACAGCUUUGAGCUGGAGACUUGCCCUGCCCGGCUCUACCCCAGGCAGCCAGCCCUCCACCACAGCCAGGCCUCAGUUUCUAAGAACCCAGACUGCCCUGUUUCACCAAAGUAAAGCCAAAGCCAGUCGCGAACCGAACAAGAUCGAUUCAGUUUUGUCCUCUGUGUCUGGGCUGGAGGGGGACCUCUUUGGCAUGGGGAUGUGGGCUGUCGGUCUGGGCGCUGUUGGAGCUGCCCUAACUGGGAUCUUCCUGGCCAACACUGAUCUGUGUGUUUCUAAAGCUGCCAAUGCAACGCUGCAGUACCUUGAAGACACUGACCUGCGCUCCACCACGGGUGAUGACAAGGUCAUCAAAGCAAAGAGUCUGUGGGAGAAGAACGGGGCUGUGGUCAUGGCCGUAAGAAGACCUGGAUGAUUUUUGUGCAGAGAGGAGGCCUCUGAGCUGUCCUCUCUGAAGCCUCAGCUGGAAGAGCUCGGGGUCCCUCUGGUUGCUGUUGUGAAGGAGAAUGUUGGCACAGAGAUCCAAGACUUCAGACCGCACUUCGCUGGGGAUAUCUACGUAGACGAAAAGAGAUGCUUUUACGGCCCGCUGCAGAGAAGGAUGGGCGGUCUGGGGUUCAUUCGCCUGGGAGUGUGGCAGAACUUCAUACGGGCCUGGAGGUCUGGGUACCAGGGCAACAUGAAUGGAGAGGGCUUCAUCCUGGGGGGAGUGUUUGUCAUUGGACCAGCAGACCAGGGCAUCCUCCUGGAACACCGUGAGAAGGAGUUUGGUGAUAAAGUGGACGUGGCAGAUGUUCUGGAGGCUGUCAGAAAAAUUGUACCAAUGAAAUAAUUCUUGUAGCAUCAAGGAAAAAAAAAAAAAGCUGGUCUGCUAUAUUAGAUCAAAGCUAGAAUAACAUAAUGAACCUUUUUAACUUGUGUUUUCAGUCCUACUUCACUGAAAUGCUAAUGUUAAUUAGAAUUUAAGAAGUGUGUUCAAUAUCACAAAAUACCUCUGACUUUUGCAUGUUAAUUUGCUGUUCAUGAAAAUCUAGCUGUGAAAUGCACCUGUAAGCUCAAUUAACACGGGUAUUAAAAUGUUGGAUAACUAAAGGCAUUAUUUUUCUUUUUAGGUAUGUCGCCUAUUUAUUUAAGAUCAUGUGAAAAUUAGAUACUUGAAUCUAAUGACUGGAUUUCACUUAAUGAAUAUAAUUGUGAUGUAUCUGAAAUACUGACUCUGUGUAAAAGCUUAAUUUGCGUCUCCUGGUCAAGCACCUGAACAGUCCUCUGACAUGACACACGUGAUUGCGUGGUCUGUGUGAUAAUGACAGCUUGACUCUAAACUCUUGGCUGAGAGGAGCAAGUUUGAUGCCCAAACACACACGUGCGCAGGUUCAGCAGCUGUUGUCAUGUUCAGGACUGUUUGUGGUGCCUGAAGCAGGUGUUGCUUGCUACAUACCAGCUGCAGAAGAGUGAAUAAAGAUGGCUUUCACUUUA